UGUGUGUGUGUGUGAAACAUUCGAGAUUCGAUUAUUAUCAUUCGAAAUCUAGACUGGCAAAGUAUGGAUCGCUCACACAAUGAGUAUUUUGCCGCUUUUUUUGUGAAAUAUCAAUUGUGUGACUAUGGAAGGAUCGAAUCCAUUAUUACCACUACAAUCACCAUCAACAACAACAUCUGCAUUUGGUGGUGGUGGUGCUGGUUCAUCUGCGACUUCAAAUGCCGCCGGUACAUUAGCACGUUUAGGUGGCCGACCAAUACCUGGAUCAUUUGCACAUUUUGCAUCCCCUAUUGCACCAUAUACAAUGCCAAGUUUUAUGGCUACUGGUUUAGGUGCUCAACAACAACAGCCAACGGCAACAGCCGUAGCGGCAGCCGCAGCAGCAAUGGCUGCCAAUCAUCCAGCUCAUCAGGCAAUGUUUCCAAAUGAUCAUUCAUCAUUUCAAUCAACAUUAGCAUCAAUGGCUGCCUAUUCAUUUGAUUCAUUAUUGAAUGCUAAUUUCAAUCAAUUUGCUAAUCUUUUGAUGAUGAAUCCAGCAAUGGCGCAACAUCAUCACCAGAAUGCAGCGGCUGCUGCGGCUGCCGCUGCGGCUUUAGGGUUACAGCCACCAUCAGCAUUACUUGGUGCAGCAUUUGCAGCUGCCGCAUCAAAGUCAUCACCAUCAUCAUCACCAGCAUCAGUAUCAGCAACAACAGCACUCACAACAUCACCGAUAUCAACAACA